AUGUCUUCCAACCAACAAGAACAACAAUUAGAAAUUGAGGCUCUUCAAUCCAUCUAUCCGACCGAACUUUCACUCCUUUCCGAUACCCAUUAUAAAAUUGAAAUAUUUCCAUAUACUGUUGAGUCGGAAACUGAAGUCAAUAAUGUAGGAAUUACUUUGGAGGUUACUUAUCAUGAUGAUUACCCAAGCUCAUCGAUUCCUCAUUUUGAAAUUUAUAAUACGAGAGGAAAUAUUACGAAUCGUACAAUGAAUGAAUUGAAAGAAUUACUCACAGAAACUGCGAAUCAAUUUAUUGGUACAUCUUGUGUUUUUACUCUUGCUAGUACUAUUCAAGAAUUUCUCGCAAAAUAUCAACAAGAACAACAAUCAGCAUCGUCAUCCACGACAGCACCACCAUCAGCCUCCUCAUCAACAACCAAUGAUUCGUCUUUGGAUAGGUUUACAAUGGAUUCCGAAGUUUUAGUUUCAAAUAUUGGACGAGGCACACCAGUCACUCCUGAAAACUUUAAAGAAUGGCGUGAUAAGUUUGUUCAAGAACAACAAAAAGUAAUGGAAAAAGAAAGAGCAGAAAAAGCAAAACGAUUUCCUGGAAGCAAGACUGGAAGACAAAUAUUUGAAGAGCGUCAACAAUUAUUGAUUAGCAAGAUCGGUGAAGAAGCUGCACAGCAAUAUGUGGAUGAAGAUGAAAUUGAUGAAGAUUUAUUCUUGAAUGAAGAAGAAGAAGAAGAGAAUAUUGAACAUGACGAAGAUGAUGAACAAGCAUAA